AGUGCGGCGACAACUCCAACAACUCCAACCAACCGAUUGCUGCUGCACCGACAAGGGCUCUACAAGUGCUAGGACUGGAUUAUUAUACCAUCUCCCUCUUGGCCACUCCAAGGAAUGCGAAUGUUGUCGCCGCCCCAAAACUCAUAACGCCCCCAACACCCCUCCUAACAUGGCGGACGAUCGCGGAAGCCCUUGCUUUGAGCAUUGUAUCUUUGCCAUUGUUUCAAGCAAAGAUCUCCCAGCAUCUCGUGUCGUUGAGAUACAGCAGACUAUUGAGGAUCAUGCUGGCCAGGUGAUUGAUAUUGCCGGGGAUGGCACCUUGAACUUCGACGAUAUCACGCAUAUUAUCUCAACAACCAGCGACUUCCCCCAAUAUUCGGCCGCGCGAGAGCAUAUGAUUGCCGUGAUCACGCCUGCUUGGAUCGCCGCAUCCCUCCUGAGGAACAAGCAGGCUCCAAUACGCCCCUAUACUCCGGACCCUAAGCUCUUUUUCAAUCAGGUCAAUGUUACUUGUGCUGAUAUUCCCACGGGUGACAAAGAUGCAAUCAUUGGCGCCGUACUCGCUAUGGGUGGCAUGGAGUCGAGCAGUUUAACAAAGACGACGACCCACAUCUGUGCUCUUACUAUGGAUCAUCCAAAGUGCCAACAAGCUAUAGAGAGAAAUCUGAAGGCCAAGAUAGUCCUUCCUCACUGGUUUGAUGACUGCUUGAAACUUGGCAAACGCAUAGAUGAAGGCCCAUACCAACUCCCGAACCCGGAGAUAUUCCGGCUGAACCCAGAGGACGCUGUUCCAAUUCCUGCGACAACUCACAUUCGAGGCGCUACAUCCCCACAUCCAGAUACCUUCCCGAUCCCUACGGACUUCUCAUCCCCGCGCCAAUUGGAUGUCUUCAAAGAUAAAACGAUCAUGAUCUCAGCUGAUCUCGGGAUUGGUAGCCGUUUGCGUAAGAUCAUUGAGGAUCUUAUCGUAGACGGUGGCGGACAAAUUACCAACUCGGUGCACAACGCUGAUAUAUAUGUCUGUCACUGGCGCUCAGGUCGAGAUUACAAGUUUGCUUCUCGAGCCGGAAUAGACGUAGGGAACCUUUCAUGGCUUUACCAUCUGAUUACGCAUAACGAAUGGACCUCUCCCCUCCGCAGGUUAUUGCAUUACCCGCUCCCUGAAGACGGCAUUCCAGGAUUCAAGGAUUACCGCAUUACAUUAUCAAAUUAUGGAGGUGAGGCACGGAUAUAUCUUGAAAAUCUUGUUAUUGCCGCCGGAGCAGAAUUUACCAAAAGCAUGAAGCAAGACAACACACAUCUGAUCACCGCGCGAAAAUCAAGCGAAAAAUGCACUGCCGCUGAGGAGUGGAAUAUCGAAAUGGUAAACCACUUGUGGAUUGAAGAGAGUUACGCGAAAUGCCAGGUGCAGAAACUGACGGAUCCACGGUACACCCACUUCCCUCCACGAACUAAUCUUGGCGAGAUCAUUGGACAGACGCAACUCGAUGCAGACGUCCUGAAAUCAAUAUAUUUCCCCGAGGAUCCUACUCCAAGUCCUAACGACCCCAAACCGGUAAGAAGGCCGGUGAUGCAUGAGAAGGAUAGAAAUACGUCGAGCUUGCGGAAGUCUAGCGAGCACAGUGCCACGAGUGAUCAAGAUGAUAAAGAUACGAAGGACGCAAAGGAAGGACUUGAACCAAAGCCGAAGACCGCUGCCCGGCCAAAGCCCAAACCGAAAUCUGCCGCAUCUCUCGACCAGCUCUCUACUCCUGUUGCGAAUCGCCGAAUUAGUGCAGGCAAAGAAAAUGCCACGCCGUCAUCGACAAGUAGCCGCAGUGCAAAAGAUAAAGCACUCUCCAAGCUCCAUGGGCUAGCACCGGACAUCGCACUGUAUGAGAAAGAGAAGAAACGGAAAGGGCACAUUUGGGGUGGGGAGCGAGCUGCAAAUAAGAUAGAUAGAGAGAAGAGAUCGCUUGAACGCAGUUCAAGUCCUGCUGCCAAGCACGACAUUGAUGAAGACGAUUAUUCGGACGAGGAUGUGCGAACGCCAAAGCGGGCGAAGACUGGAUCAAGUCUGCCACCAGUUUCAAUACGCCUGCUGAUUACUGGCUACAAGGGAUGGCUAGGUAAUAUCACCAAAGAGGAUACGGAAAAGAAAAAGUUAAGGGAGCUUGGUAUCUUGGUCGUCCAAGAUCCUGCCACUUGUACUCACCUCGCGGCCCCGAAGAUGGUUCGAACUCAGAAGUUUCUCUGCGCCCUUGCCACAGGACCGACUAUCGUAUCGUCGGAGUUCAUCGACGCGUGCAUUCGGGAUGGCGAGGUUCCAAACGUGAAGGACUUCCUCCUGAAAGACCAGGAAAAUGAGAAGAAGUUCAAAUUGAAACUGCAAGAUGUAAUAUCUCGAGCCAAGGCCAACAAGCGAAGCCUGCUGCGCCGCGUUCCCAUAUACUGCACGGCAGAGAUCCCAAAUGGUCCGGAGACGUAUAAAGCAAUCGUCGAGUCCAACGGUGGCAUCUUCAGCGUCUACCGGGCGAGAGGGGGGUCCACAAUCAAGCCAACAAAUCCUGAAGAUGAUGAAGGGCCACCUGAGCCAGUGUAUCUGCUCACUGGCCUGCGGCCGGAGGAGAGGAGGCUCUGGCCGAAGUUCAACGAGAUGGCAAAGGCGGGUAACAUGAUACCAAGGAUUGUAGUUCAUGAGUGGCUCCUAGACGUUGCGAUGUCUCAGCAGCUGAAGUGGAGUGAGCAGUACUUGGCUCAAAACGAGUCAUAA